AUGGGCGCUGCUGAUACGGAAGCCUCUUCCUGGGCCAAGCUCAAUGGGCCCAGUGACUGGAAACACUGGAUCGCCGGUAUCCGGAAAUCAGCUACUACAAAGGACGUCUGGGACCUUAUUGACCCCUUUAAGGAAAAUAAGGAACCCCUAGUCCGGCCGGUCUUUCCAACAGCUGCAGACAUCAAGCCUGAUGCAACUAGGCUGUCUGAGCUAACUCCAGAGCAAAGGAUUGACCUCAAUGGCCUCGAAAAACAGUAUCUCGAAGACGUUCGGAUCUACGAAAAACGCCAAAAGGCCCUAUCCUCUAUCCAAGACCGGAUCAUCCUGACUGUCGGCAACUACCGAGAUGUCAUCGACGACGAAGAUGACGUUGCAAAGGAACUAGCCCUCCUACGAGCCCGGAUCCAGCCAGCUACCUGGUUCCAUGAAAGAGAAGUCCUUGACCGCUAUCGAACAGCCCUCAAAGGGCCUAGCCGGACUAAGACUAAGGAUUGGGUCACAAGCUGGCAGAAGGUCCUCACAGAAGCCCGCAACCUAGGCCUUCCUGACACUAAGGGUCUCAGACCAACCCUAGAUUUCCUAGAGGCUGUCAGACCUAUAGACCUAACCUUUGCCGAUAUCUGGAUGAACAAGAUCCAAUAUAAGGCAUCAAAGGGCAAGGCAGACUGGGAAGCGAAGAUCCCGGACGGUAUUGAGAUCAGCGAGCUAUUCGAAAAACAGGCUGCAGAGACGAAGGCACCGAGAGGGUCCUUUUCCACCUUCCAGCAAUCCGGGUCUUCUAAACCCCCUGCCUCUGCGGCAAACUGCAUUUCUAUUCAAAAUGCCAUUAUUUAG